UAUUAGGAUGGAGUAUUCUUCUUGACCUCGUUCGAUCCCUUCUAUUCGCUUCCACCCUCAGUCGGUGAGCCCGUCCCACCCCAGCCACCGAGAAUAUUUCCAGCCACAGCGAUCAAAAGGCAGUGACUGCACUGGAGAACGAGAGUGACCGAGCGACGCAAAGAAUGUCCGCCUUCUUCCUCGACUCGCCCAUCCCCCCCAAGCUGGACCUGGCGGGCGCCCGGUCGCAGCUGUUCCAGACGCCGCAGAAGACCCCGUCCGCCUCGACCUCGCUGUACCGCUCCAUCUCGACCAGCCGCAAACGCACCCGCUACAACGACAGUGAGAAAUACUUUGCUGCCGACUCCCCCGUCGGCGGUGAUUUUGCCAGUCCAGCCCCGCUCGUGAAUACCGACUACCGCCUCGCCGGCGGGUGCGAGACCACCACCACCGCCCACACGCUCGCGCACCUGCGCGACACGGCCGCCGAGCUCGACUACCGCCCGAACCGAUACAGGGAGACGGCCGCUCCGCUGGACGGGAGCGUGGAUUCGUUGACCUCGUUGGACGUGGGCAGUCGCAAGCGCACCCGGAGGGAGUCAGUCUUACCUGCGCAUAGCCUCGACCAAGAUUACAACGACGAUUACAGCGACGACGAGCAUAAAACGGGGGUGAGCUGGCCACGCGCGGUGAUCAAUGUGGUCGGCAAGGUGUGGGAUUUCUGCUGGUCCGGUGCCUUUCGCGGGUUCUACGCCGGGGGUGGACAAGGGUACCACUGGGAGGAGCACUCGAGCACAACAAGCACAGAAAAACCUCGAUACGCGGCGGCGUAUCCUCCCGUAUACCCCGGCGGGUCUACCCGGUACUCGCCUCCAGGCCGAUACCCAGACGAGAUCGAACGGAACUGGGUGGUGGUGGCGGAGAAAGGCGACAAGAGUGCCAGCCCGACGGGUUCGGUGUUUACGAAACGCGUGCAGCCGCACCGCAAGAACGCCUCGUCGGUCUCCUCGACGCGGCGUCGAUCGGCCGUGAUGCCCCGACUGGGCAAGAAAGGUUUCGCGUCGCCUGGCCGACCGGCGUCGCCGACCAAGCAGCCCGUCGAGGUGACGACCGAUGCGCAGCGGGCUGCGGCCAAGAUGCGCCGGCUGGAGCGGGAGGAGGACGCGAGCCUGGCGCGGCUCAACGCCCAGCUGCAGGCGAUGAUCCGGGAGGGGAGGGAGGCUUUGGGGACGAGGAUUGAAGUGGACGAUGGAAAUGAUGGACUGAACGAUGGACUGGACUGGAUGGAGGAUUAACGAGAGAACAGCGCCUUACGACUUACGACCCUGACUAUUGAAUGUAUGAAAUAAUGACUUUCUAAUUA